AUGCCAGGAGUUGUCGCUGAUUCAGCGAUGGCUGGUAAUCAUGCUAUCGAAUAUGGACCAGCCGGAUACAAGGGAUUUCUCAAAGAGAUCCGAAUCUUUGGUCUGGCAUGUUUUGCCACGAUUGGAGGCUUUCUCUUCGGCUACGACCAAGGAAUCAUUUCCGGCGUGCUGGUCAUGCAUAGCUUUAAAACUCAUUUUCCCAAUCUUUCCUCCGACGCCGCCCUCGAAGGAUGGGUCGUUUCGAUUAUGACACUCGGUGCUAUGGUUGGCGCCUUCAUCAACGGGCCCAUAUCGGACCGCUUCUCUAGACGUUGGUCAAUUUUGAUCGCGAAUAUAAUCUUUCUGAUCGGUUCCGCGAUACAGGCUGCAGCAGAGAAUGUUGCCAUGUUAUUUGUUGGCCGAUUCAUCUUCGGCGUGGGUGUUGGUAUGUUGGCAAUGGUUUGUCCGCUUUACCUUUCUGAGCUUGCGCCUCCAAAUAUUCGAGGAUCUCUGGUGGCGUUGCAGCAGCUAUCUAUCACAUUUGGUAUCAUGACAAGCUUUUGGAUCAACUAUGGAACUCAAUAUAUUGGGGGCACGGGUGUUGGUCAAAGCCAGGCUGCUUGGAGACUUCCACUUGCGCUCCAGUGCUUUCCAUCUAUAAUUCUUGCAACCGGCACAUUUUUUUUGCCAUAUAGUCCACGAUGGUUGAUGAAUCAGGGCCGUGAAGAUGAAGCGCUACAUACCUUAGUAAAGCUGCGACGCGUCCCCGAGACAGACCAUCGUUUACAAACAGAGUUCCUCGAGAUCAAAGCAGCCCGCAUGUUUGACCAACAAACUAAAGACGAGAAGUAUGGCAAAGACUCAUCCCGAUUUCUUGUUGCGCUGCAAGAAUACAAGGAACUCUUCGUCGCACCUCAUCUGAGAAGGAGAACUAUGGUUGCAUGUCUUUUACAAGUGAUUCAACAAUUUACGGGCAUCAAUGCUAUAAUUUACUACGCACCUCAAUUCUUUGAAGCAAUCGGACUCAGCGGAAACUCGGUCAACCUCCUAGCCACAGGAGUUGUGGGUAUUGUCUUCUUCCUUUCUACCAUCCCCGCGGUCAUGUAUCUGGACAGAUGGGGCCGAAGGAAGACAUUGAUGUAUGGUGCCACCGGAAUGUCUAUCGCGCAAUUAACCGUAGCUACUUUGUACGCCGUGUACAAAGACACCUUUAGCUCGCAUCCUUCCGCAGGUUGGACCGCCUGCGUAUUUGUGUGGGUGUAUAUUGGCACAUUCGCCUUUUCCAUCGCCUGUGUUAAUUGGAUCAUGCCUUCUGAAAUGUUCCCACCUGCGAUCCGAGGUAAGGCCGUUGGACUUGCAAUCGCAUUCAACUACCUUUCCAAUUUUAUCGUUGCAUUGAUCACUCCGCGCAUGCUGGAGAGCAUUACUUUUGGUACAUUCUACUUCUUCUUGGUUUUCUGCCUUGUUCUGGGAGUUUGGACGUACUUCUGUGUUCCUGAGACGAAAGGGGUACCGAUCGAAGAAAUGGACAAACUAUUUGGCGGUAAUGACGGCGAGGGAGAUCUGCGGAGGAUUGCCGAAAUCCGUGAACAGCUUGGAAUGGGA